AUGGCUCCCAGUUCAGACACGGCGAAAACCCCAGCGCCGGCACCAAUGAACAGAGCCAGAAAUAUGGCCACCCACACCAAUGGCAACUCUGCGGAAAGGCCACCGAGCCAACCAGUCCAGGCAGCCAAGGCUGUAGCUUUCCAUGACCCCUUCAAUGGUAGUGGUGCAACGACGAGCCACGCCAAUGGUAUCCCUACCCCUGUGCCGUCGCCGCUCCCGGAGCUCUUCAUCGAGAAAGGCUCUCAUCGCAUUCAGUCCUUCGGUGUCCAUGAAAACGACAGCGCAGGACCGUCUCGAAUCCAUGCGAGAAUACGAUCGUGGGGUGAUGACGCCAAGGGUACCAACGCCUUCCCGCGCAUCUCGAAGCCGACGGAGCUAAUGCGUAGUUCGUAUGACUGCGUUGUUAUCGGCUCCGGCUAUGGCGGCGGUGUUGCCGCAUCCCGCAUGGCCCGCGCCGGAGAAUCCGUCUGUCUGCUGGAACGCGGGAAGGAGCGCUGGCCCGGCGAGUACCCGAGUGAUAUGGGCGAUGCGCUGGACCAGGUCCAUUACUCGGGCGAGUUUGCCCCGGGCUGGCUGCCCAAGAAGAUCGUGAACGGCGGUGACCCGACGGGCAUGUACCAUAUCAUAUUCGGCAACGGCCAGAAUGCCAUCGUUGCCAAUGGACUUGGUGGGACUAGUUUGAUGAACGCAAAUGUAUAUUUACGAGCCGACAAGGCGACGCUGUCCAUGGAAAUGUGGCCCGAAGAGAUCAGGAAUGAUCCAAGCAGCUUGGACCAGUACUUUGAAAAGGUCGAAGAGGUGCUCGAGCCAAAGCAGUACCCGAAAGAAUGGCCCGAUCUCCCCAAAUUGGAUCUGCUUGAAAAGCAAGCAAACCACUUGAACAUGGGCAAGAAAUUCAGGAGAGUGCAUCAGACGACACGCUUCCACAAUGGGCCAAACAGUUGUGGUGUCGAGAUGGCCCCUUCGGCGCUUACGGGUCAAGACGCCACAGGACUGAACGACGGAUCCAAGAACACCACUCUGGUCACCUACUUGGCCGAUGCGUGGAAUUGGGGUGCCGAGAUGUUCUGUGAGUCUGAAGUACGGUACAUCACCAAGGCUCCAGAUCGAGAGGGGUACAUCGUCUACUUCGCUUGGCAUGGGAGAAACCGAGGGCACUUCAAGGCUAACCUCCACGGCGAUCUAAUGUGGGUGCACGCCAAGAAAGCCGUCUUCCUCGGGGCCGGUGCGAUUGGCACGACUGAGAUCCUGCUGAGGAGCAAGGAGAUGGGAUUGGACAUGAGUGAACAAGUCGGCCAGAACAUGAGUGGCAACGGUGACAUGUUGGCAUUCGGAUAUAACACGAACCACGAAGUGAACGCCGUAGGAAGUCCUUUCCCUUCCCCUUACCACCCAGUCGGACCUUGUAUCACCGGCAUCAUUGACAACAGAGAGGGUCACGAAAAUCCUCUGGACGGAUACGUCAUUGAAGAGGGCACCGUCCCCAAGGCCUUGGCGCCCUUCCUUCAGGCCAUGCUUGAACUCCUGCCCGGUAGCGUUGCGCCCCAGGGCGAGUCCCUAAUCGAACAGUUCCGAGCCAAUCUGGCCCGGGCGGGCAGUCUCUUCCUCGGCCCUUAUUUCCGCCAGGGCGCUAUCGAGAGGUCGCAAGUGUUCCUCGUUAUGUCACACGAUAGCAACCAGGCCAUCCUGACGCUCAAAGAAGACAAGCCCGUUCUGGAGUUCCUUGGCGUUGGUCGUAGCGACCAUGUCAAGUACUUGAACGAUAUUCUGGGAAAGGCGACUCGCGCUGUAGGCGGAACUUUUGUCCAGAACCCUUUCUAUUCCCUCAUGAAAGAGCAGCAAAUCACGGUUCACCCGAUCGGUGGUGCUUGCAUGUCUUCAGAUGGCACUGGUAAGAGUGGUGCCACCAACCACUUUGGCGAAGUAUUCGCUGGGGAGGGCAGAGAGACCCACCGAGGUCUUAUUGUUACCGACGGCGCAGUGAUCCCUGCUGCGCUUGGUGCCAACCCACUCGCAACCAUUACGGCCCUCGCAGAACGAUCCCUUGACGUUUAUGCUAAGCGGGAACGGUUGCGAAUCAGCACCCGUAAGAACGGGAUCCUCGAUCUCUUUGGGUCUCCUCAAUAUUCCCAUCACAGCCGGAGAUGGUUCGACGACGAGGACGAUAGAGAGGAGAGCAUGAGCAUUUCUAGUGCCAAGACAGUCAUCAACACAGCUGAGCGCCUGAAAGACGGUGGCUUUGGCUUCACCGAGGUCAUGUCGGGCUUCAUUCAUCGCGACGAAGGCCUGAAGCGGGACUGCCGACAAACUUACGAGCUGGCUGCUAGGAUGGCCGAAUCUCGUUGCGAGUCGGCCCGGUUCUUCCUCAGCGUGCAGUCCUUCAACACUCGGUCUGUUGUAAACGAUCCCGAACAUCGGGCGAUGCUUACCGGCACCUUUUCUUGCCCGACCAUCCCAGGAUCUCCCUUCAUGGUGCAACGGGGCGACUUCAACCUCUUCAGACAGGACCUCAAGGCGCCGGGUACCAGGAAUCUGAUCUACAAUUUCCACAUGCGCGGGGUCGACGGCAGGCUACUUCGCUUCCGUGGCUACAAGGUUGUCGACUCUUCUGUGGCACUGUCGCCCAUGCAGUUCUGGCGUGCUACUAGCACUCUAUACGUCACCAUCACGGAGCCUUACGUCGACAACGAGUACGACGAAGACGAGGCCGAGGAUGAUCUUGGAGCCAGGGGUAAAAUCAUCGCCAAGGGCAUCAUGAAGAUUCAACCGGCAGACUUUGCCAGUCAGAUGCUGACGGUCACGCCGACGGGCAGCAGCCUCCUAAAAAAGGUAGUGAGCGCGACGAGCUUCUUGACCUACUUCACCCGCAAGUCGAUGUCGCUGUUCCUGGCGCCCCUUACGCCGUUGCAGUACCCGACUCAAAGCUACAAGGGCUACGUCAACGACACCCCGCCCAGUGCUACUUGGACCAUCGAAGCCGAGGACGGUUGCAUUUCCAAAAUGCACAUGUGGGAGCCUACUCACAUCGUCGACGGAGAGGCCAAGAACCUCUUCAUGGUCCCGGGAGCAGCCGUAGACCACCAGAUUUACGCCCUGCCAACCAUCCGGUACAAUGCGGUCAACUACUUCACCCGAGCGGGAUACCGCGUCUUCAUCACAGUGCACCGCAUCGGCAUGGUCAUGGCCGCGCAGAAAGACUGGACGACCUUCGACGCGCGUCUCGACAUCAAGGCGUGUCUCGAGACGAUUCGCAAAGAGUACGACACGAAGCCCAUCUACACCAUCGCGCACUGCAUGGGCAGCGUGGCGCUCUCGACCGGCCUUCUCGAUGGCACCAUCCCCACCGAUUGGAUCUCGGGCGUGACCUGCAGCCAGGUCUUCAUGAACCCCAUGUGGAACACCAUGAACCUCAUCAAGGCCAUGGCGGCGCCCGUCCCGCUCGACCGCGCCUACAAGGCCGUCGCGGGGUCCUGGUUCAGCUGCAGUACGGGACCGGACGACAGUUUUGUCCAGAAGGCGUUUAAUGAGAUGCUACGCUUUAUGCCUGAUGAGCGGAAGGAGCUCUGCAAUAACGCGAGUUGUCACCGCACUGCGCUGGUGUUUGGAAGGUGCUGGAAUCAUCACAACCUCAACGAGGCUACGCAUCGCCAGAUCGACCGUUUCUUCGGCGGCGUCAAUAUGACGCUGCUGCAUUUGCUCAUGAAGCAGGGGGUCGAGGGGGGCGUCAUGUCUAAUACCCCGCUGUGCGAGCGCCUUGAUACGCGGGAGAAUAUUCUGAGGCUGAGGGGCAUCCCGUUCCUCUUAUUCGUAGGACGCGACAACGCCGUGUUGAGCCCCGCGAGUACCGAGAAGACGUACGAGAAGCUGUGCGAUGCGUUUGGAACGCGGGAUUUGCAUGAUGGAGAGGGGCUGCAGUAUAAGAGGAGGGUGGUGCCCGAUUAUGGACAUUUGGACUGUUGGAUGGGGCGGAAUGCCUGGAAGGAUGUGUACCCGUUUGUGAGGGAGGAGGUCGAUCGUGUUGUUAGGGGGGAGAAGUAUGUUUUUAAGGAGCCGAGGGAUAGAUUUUUGGACAUGGUGGAGAAUGGGUUGUUGAAUUAUUAG